AUGGCGGAAGCCUUCGGCUUUUCGACCGGCGACUUCAUCAACAGUAUCAACCUCGUUAAAGACAUCAUCAAAGCUCUGAAUGACAGCAAGGGAUCAUCAAGAGAAUAUCUAGAAGUCAUCGCCGAGCUGAGAGGUCUUGAAACGGUCCUCAUACUCGUCAAAACCCAGUACAACACAACAGCACAGAUCAGUCAGAGAACCGCUUUGCGUCAGGCUGUGGAAGAUUGUCACACCUGUAUCGACAAUUUCCUUCGGUCGAUUCAGAAGUACCAUGGACACCUUACUACGCUUGGGUCAAACAACAAAUGGAAAGAUGGACUGCGAAAAAUUCAGUGGCAUCUGUGUAAGGCGGAUGAACUCUCCUCGUUCCGCCUACGCAUCGCUUCCCAGGUCCAGAAUAUCGAGAUGCUUUUGGUCACCAUCCAAGCCUCAGCGCUUUCACUGUCCACUCAGUCCGCCCAAGCUCAAGAGCGGGAGCUGAAAUGUCAAACUGGUGAACUGUCCAGCAUGACCUUUAGCAUGCUUCAAAAGAUCCAAGACUCCCUGCCUCUACAGGUCAUGCUACAGAAACCGGUCAUGUUCCUGGACGCUUUAGAUCGGUUAGCGCCUAUUCAUUUAGAGUGGAUCAACAGCCACGAGGCUUUCUUUGCCGUGUUGAAGGUUCGCUUCAAACACGUUGGCCUCCAGAUGAUCAAAAGCGGCCAGUUUGCACUACAGGCGACGAAGAGGAAGAGAGACGUGGACUUAAACAGACCUUGGGACAGCUGCCUGUACCCUGGUCAGGCUUAUGAUAUGACUUGCCACUAUCUGUGCUUUGACAACCCUGGUGAGGAAAUCACCUGCAAGAACUGCCAGACCACCUUUCAGCGAGUUUUGAAGUGUCUGAGGACAACAGUAGCAACGAAGAAGAAACUGUACCUCUUUCGGGACACAAAGACUUGGUUAAUUUACAACUGA